AGAGCAGUCUGUUGUCAGUCCGCGGUUGCAGUCGGUCGGUACCAGUUAGCGAUGCAGCGAUUCCCGACUGUCUGUGUGGUGGCUGUGUGGCUCCUGGUUCUCUUACGUGGCGGUACCGUGCGUUCUGAUGAAACGUGUGCUAAAAGUACUACUACCAAAACAACCACAACUACAACCACGACUACAACUAUAACCGUUGCACCGACUGAAUGCAAACAGAUACCGACAACGACAGCCACGCACACGACUGAAACUGUUCCUACACCCACGGUGCCUCAAAAAUGUGGGCCCAGCGAUUCUGAAGUUUCAAGUGCACAGUUACAUGGAACAUGGAAAGUGAUGGCUGGUUACUCCAGAGAGUUAGUCGCUAAUGCUUUCUGCCCGGGUCUCACCUUGCACGUUAACCCUGUCGACUCAAAGAACAUGACGGUAACUUGGAGCAAAGCAGAACCAUACGAAAACAUCAUUCCUCAAGGAGAGAUGACCAUGAAAGAUAAUGGAUAUCUAGUGGACAAUGUAGGUUUCCACGAAUUGAAAGUGAUAAAGCUGGACAAGUUCCUGGUUCUGCGCGUCCGCAACGCCAACUUCUGGCGCGCGUUCAUCCUGUCGCGCGUGCCUGCGUCGGACGCGGAUGCGGACGCGGCCGAGGACCCGCUGGGCAGCCUCCUCGAGUUCAUGAUGACCAUCAACUCUGACCUGCAGAGCAGCGACGGCCCGGCGUGGUACAUCUGCGCCGAGUCGCUUCACGCGGGGAAGCCGGCGCAAGUCGACCGCUAGGCACGGCAGACGGAGCUCCGACAGAACAGUGGCCUCGAAAGCGAGCAUCUCUAUUUCAUUUUCAGUUUGCGUACUAAAUUUUAUAAGAAAUGGGUCGUGUUGUUAAACAAUGGUUUUCAUUAAAUUUGUUAAGACUUUUAUACAAUAAAUUGUGUGAAUUUAA